GCUCACAACUAUACACUCUGCUGAAAUGGAACAAGGCGAUCCUACUCACACCUCCUCUGCCUCCAACUGCGACGACCCUGCCGCCGCAGCACCAGCCACCGCGUGGCUAUGCCACGACACGACCCACGGCGACGACAUGCUACUACAGCAGCUCGCCGCCAUUCUUGCCCCGGCCGACGACGAGUGCUGCUCCGACGACUGGCUCUCUUCGUCGUCCUCCGAGGCGGUACACCACCACCAGCGGAGUUGGCCGCUGCACGCGGCGAACAACGGCGUCGUCGCCUGGGCGGCGGGAGGCGAGAAGCGGGAGACGACGACCACGGCCUUCAUCGGGGUGCGCAAGCGGCCGUGGGGCAAGUUCGCGGCCGAGAUCCGCGACUCCACGCGCAGGGGCGCCCGCGUGUGGCUCGGCACCUUCGACACCCCCGAGGCCGCCGCGCUCGCCUACGACCAGGCCGCCUUCGCCGCGCGCGGCGCCGCCGCCGUGCUCAACUUCCCCGUGGAGCGCGUGACGGAGUCGCUGGGCGCGCUCGCGCUCGCCGGCGGCACGGGCGGAGGCGGUGGCUCCCCUGUCCUCGCGCUGAAGCGCCGGCACUCCAAGCGCACGCGCAGGCGCAACAAGCCCUUCGCCGCCACCGUGACAUGCGACGACAGCAGGAAUCUAAAGACGCAACGGCGGCAGCCGCCCGUGGCGCGGCGCCAAUGCUCUGGGUUGUCCGGCGUGUCGUCGUCCUGCACGGCCAUGGCGGCGGCGGUGCCGCAGCAGCAGGUGACGACGUCGCGUGAGUUGCGUUACGGCGUCGUGGAGCUGGAGGACCUCGGCACCGAUUAUCUGGACGAGCUACUCCGGGUGUCGUCGCACUUGGAGAACUAGUUGGCAUGUUCAAGUCGUGCAACGUCACCAUGUCGUCAUCACGACAACACUACGCACGAUCGGAGCCUUGUUUAAGUUAAAAAAAUUACAAAAUGGAAACAGUAACACUUUCAUUUGUAUUUGACAACUAUA